AUGACUCGCAGGGAGGCACCAAUGGCUGGCAGGUGUGGCAUGGCGAGCACUGCCCUGCUUUGGACUGCAGCCAUUGUUUAUUUGACCCACGUAGGUCAAGUCAGAGGAGACUGCUGGUUAAUUGAGGGUGAAAAGGGCUUUGUGUGGCUGGCGAUCUGCAGCCAAAAUCAACCACCUUAUGAGGCUAUCCCGCAGCACAUCAACAGCACCAUUGUGGACCUUCGUAUGAAUGAAAACAAGAUUAAAAGUAUUCAGUACUCUGCCCUGAGUCGCUUUGCCAACCUGACCUACCUGAACCUGACCAAGAAUGAAAUCUCUUACAUAGAAGACGGGGCCUUUUCCGCUCAAUUCAACUUACAAGUUCUUCAAAUGGGCUUCAACAAGUUACGCAACUUAACAGAAGGGAUCCUCAGGGGUCUUGGGAAGCUGCAGUACCUCUACCUCCAGGCAAACCUGAUUGAGACUGUGACACCCAAUGCCUUUUGGGAAUGCCCCAACAUCGAAAACAUUGACUUGUCUAUGAACCGAAUCCAACAGUUGGAUGGCUCCACGUUCACCAGUUUAACUAAGCUGACAACCUGUGAGCUCUACACAAAUCCUUUCAACUGCUCCUGUGAACUGCUUGGUUUUGUCAAGUGGCUCUCGAUUUUCCCCAACAGGACAAAUGAGCGGAUGGUCUGUGACUCACCAAGUGGCGUGUCUGGGUACAGUCUCCUAAGUCAGAACCCAAACAAUCCCACGUACCGAAAUGCUCUUCACAUGCUCACCACCGUGUGCACUGAUGACUACAUAACACCAUUUUUUCCAUUGCCAAGGGAACCCACGACUCCUCCACCAGACUUCACCCUUUGCGGGUUAGAGGAUUGUCCAUCAGGGACAGAGCCAGAGGACAUCAUUGCCUACAACAUCAGUACAACCAUCAACGAGGUAGAAGCAAAACCACUGAUGAAACUGAAGCACGUCUCCAAUACAGGCGCCACUAUCACAGUUCAGAUUCCUUAUCCUUUCAAAAAGAUGUACAUUCUGGUUCUGUACAACAACAGUUUUUUUACGGAUAUCCAAACCCUUAAGGAAAUCAAUGAGGACAUCGAUCUGAAGCAGCUCAAACCUCACACGAACUACACGUACUGUGUUUCUUCUAUUCGAAACUCGCUGAGACGAAACCACACUUGUCUGACAAUCACCACCGGACCCUGGAAGGGAAAGUUGAAGGACACAAACAACACAACUGCCACUCAUUACAUCAUGACCAUUUUGGGCUGUCUCUUCAGUAUGGUCAUCUUUCUAGGUGUGGUUUAUUACUGCUUGCGACGCAAGCGCCAGCAAGACGAAAAGCACAAAAAGGCAGGGAGCCUAAAGAAAAACAUUAUGGAGUUGAAAUACGGACAGGAACUGGAGGGUGGGACUAUUUCUCGCAUGUCACAGAAACAGUUGCUGACCGGGGAGAGCAUGGCACGCAUGCCUUACCUGCCGCCAGCUAGUGAAAUGGAUCAGUACAAAUUUCAAGAAAUAAGCAACACUCCAAAAAUGAUGAAGGGUAGUUACAUGGAGGUGCGAAGUCUGGACCACCACGAACGCAGGGAGUGUGACAUGGGAAUGGCAGGGAACAGCCAGGGUUCUGUGGCCGAGAUUUCCACCAUUGCAAAAGAGGUUGAUAAAGUCAACCAGAUCAUUAACAAUUGCAUUGAUGCUCUCAAGACAGACUCCACAUCUUAUCAAGGGGUAAGAUCUGGAGCUGUGUCUAACGCAGAGCCCCAGUUGGUGCUCAUAUCUGAGCAGCCGCAGAAUAAACCAGGACUCCUGUCCCCUCCUUACAAGGACAGCUACCACCAUUCUCUUCAGAGACAUCGAUCCUCAGACGCCUCUCCAAAAAGGCCAAGCACUGCCUCAGGAAUGCGAAGCCCUCGACCUUACCGUACCGAAUCCCGGUACAUUGAGAAAACCUCCCCGACAGGAGACACUAUCCUUACGGUGACACCCGCCGCUGCCAUCCUGAGGGCCGAAGCAGAGAAGAUCCGUCAGUAUGGCGACCACCGUCACUCCUAUCCCGACACUCAGAUCGAGGAGCUGGAUGGACCCGAUGGUAUGAAGUCGCCCAUGCUGGAGCCUCUCUCACACUCCCGUUCCAGAGACUUGGCUUACUCCCAGCUGCCAGCUCAGUACCACAACCUGAGCUACUCUUCCAGUCCAGAGUAUUACUGCAAACCUUCACACAGCAUCUGGGAGCGAUUCAAACUCCACCGAAAACGGCACAAAGAUGAUGAAUACAUGGCGGCAGGUCACGCGCUCCGCAAGAAGGUGCAGUUUGCAAAGGAUGAGGACCUGCACGACAUUUUGGACUACUGGAAAGGCGUGUCAGCCCAGCAUAAAUCGUAA